AUGGCUUCUCCUCUUCCCUCCAACGAUACCAGCUGCGCUGAGAAUGCGCAUGAAGGCCUGAAUCAGAGUCCUCGAUCUCGAUCGGGCAGUCCAUCGAUGCAGCAUAGCGAGUUUCAGCGCGAGCAGUCCUAUUCACCCCCGCUAGAAGGGAAGUCUGGAGAAAACAGACUACGGCCCGCAGCAGACGUCAUCAACCGCAUCAUUUGGGACGAGAGCUUCAGUCCGGAUGACUAUAUGAUUGUAUUCUUGGAUAGAUUUGAGGGCGAGCUAGAGGUCUCCUUUGAUGGCUGGAAGAAAGAAUCUACACAUGAGGAAUUUAUUCCACAGCAUCGUGUACUUUAUAUCAAGCAUGUGAAUGGGGAUGUUGUGUGGGAUCGGCGCAGGCGGAUUGACACGAUAUUUAGCAGUGGGAAUUCGGCAUUCAGUGAACUGGCAUUUUUGAAUUAA